GCAUCAUGUGCCCCCUCAAGCCCUUGUUGAUAAUAUCUUGACUAAACCUCUCAUGGCCUGAUAUUCCGCGAUUCUCAAGUAAACGAUAGGUCAAACAGCGCCGUCCGAAGGGGAUCUUUACCUUGCUGAUAAGCUUAUCACUUGGCAAAACAUUGGCAUCGCCACCUCCUCCCUUUUCUAGUAUCGCCAGACGGACAAGCACCGCGCAUCGGAGCCGUGAGAGAGACGCUUCUUAUAAACGUUAUGCUUAAUUACCCCGGUGAAACUUGCUGGUCUCAACUUUGAUCUUGGCUGGCGGUUAUAGACUUUAGAUGGAUCGUACUAUCAAUAUCAUCCUUAUCAUCCCCGCACGCGUCUAGGUCUUCAGUACCACUUUGGGCUUGUCCGUUAAUGUUACAUAAACCCAAGAUGACCCCCGCACUCUUCCCCUUCGCCUCAAACCUUCAUAGGCAUUACCAUCAUGGAUAAGAAGACCCUCGUUGAUAACCAUCCGGUCUUAAAGGAGGAGGCUGGGAAUGGAGUAAUUACUCAAUAUCGAGAGACCCAACGGGGUCUCUCCUCUAGACAGGUUCAGUUGAUGGCGAUCGGUGGUUCUAUCGGCACUGGUCUCUUUGUUGGAAUAGGGUCGUAUCUGCGGGAUGCGGGCCCUCUAUCUGUCUUUUUGGGGUACAUGGUCUAUGGAAUUCUGUUUGUCUGGCCGGUCAAUCUUUCAGUUGGAGAGAUGUGUGCAUACCUACCAAUCCGAGGAUCUAUAUUCGAGCUUGCGGCUAGAUUUGUCGAUCCAGCGUUUGGAUUUGCAAUGGGAUGGGUCUACUUUUACGGUGGCUUAAUGCUUGUUUGCACGGAAUUCUCCGCGAUAGCCACCGUGAUGCAAUACUGGACCACUAGUGUAAACCCUGCCGCUUGGGUCGCCAUGGCGCUGGCCGUUUGCUUCCUUCUCAAUAUUGUCGCUGUCAAGUGGUAUGGAGAAAGCGAGUUCAUCAUGGCCUCCACCAAAAUUCUCUUGUUGAUCGGCCUCGUUAUGCUCACCUUCAUUACCAUGGUUGGCGGCAAUCCAAAGCACGAUGUGUAUGGGUUCCGGAACUGGAGUCAUGGUGUAAUGUACGAAUACUAUACCGAUGGCGCGACUGGACGGUUCCUGGGCUUCUUCUCCGUUAUGGUCUACGCGGCGUUCUCGGUGGCGGGACCAGACCUGCCAGCAUUGGCAGCGGGAGAGAUCCAAAACCCGCGCUGGACCAUUCCUCGAGUCGUCAAGAUGACCUUUUACCGAAUUGUUGGUUUCUAUGUCGUCGGAGUCUUGGCCGUAGGUAUCAUCUGCUCGCCGCGGGAUCCCCGUCUCCUAUCCGCUAUCAACGCAGGUGCAGCUGGAUCGAAUGCGUCCCCAUGGGUUAUCGGAAUCCAGAAUCUAGGGAUCCACGGUCUCCCCGAUUUGAUCAACGUAUUGAUCCUCUUCUCCGGAUGGUCAUGCGGCAAUGCCUAUCUGUACAGCUCUAGUCGAACCCUAUAUUCCCUUGCCAGAGACGGCCAGGCCCCGAAAUUCCUCCUCAAGUGCAAUUCGUCCGGCGUGCCAAUCUACUGUGUCCUCACCGUCUCGCUUCUCUCCUGCAUCUCAUUCCUCGUCGCGGAUACUUCCGCUGUCACGGUGCUCUAUUGGUUCAUUGAUCUGACCACUUGCGCCUUGAUCAUCACCUACACCAGCAUGGUUUGCGUCUUCCUCGGCUGGUACCGCGCUCUCAAAGCGCAGGGAAUUGACCGAAAGACCGCGCUUCCAUUCACCGCCCCUUUCAUGCCAUAUUUUUCCAUAAUCGCCGUGACGAUUGGGAGCUUGAUCACAUUGUUUAAUGGGUUCAGCGUCUUCAAACCGUUUAGCGUGCAGGGUUUCAUCACCGCAUACUUCGGUCUCGCCUUCUUCGUAGUCAUGUUCGUGUUCUGGAAGGUAUAUCAUAAGACCGAGUUUGUGGACCCUGCUACAGCGGAUCUAUACAGCGGGAAGGCUGAGAUCGACGAAGAAUGUCGGAUCUGGGAGGACGGUGGACUGGAGGAGAGACGGAAAGCUGAGCUAGCCCAGAUGCACUGGGCCAAACGAAUGUGGGAAAAGAUGUGGUGAUACUGUAGCCCCGCCUUAUAUACCCGACAUUUAUUCAAUAUAUUCAUAUCC